CUUCCCUUGCAGAUGACGUGUCGCCCUACUUCAAGACGGAGCCGGCGCGGAGCCAGGUGCACCUGGAGGGCAACCGCCUGGUGCUGACCUGCAUGGCCGAGGGCAGCUGGCCCCUGGAGUUCAAGUGGCUGCACAACGGCAGGGAGCUGACCAAGUUCUCGCUGGAGUACAGGUACAUGAUCACGUCGCUGGACCGCACCCACGCCGGCUUCUACCGCUGCAUCGUCCGCAACCGCAUGGGGGCCCUGCUGCAGCGGCAGACGGAGGUGCAGGUGGCCUACAUGGGCAGCUUCGAGGACAGCGAGGCACGACAGAGCGUGUCGCACGGCGAGGCAGCCGUCAUCCGUGCCCCCCACAUCGCCAGCUUCCCCCAGCCCCAGGUCACCUGGUUUCGUGACGGCCGGAAAAUCCCCCCCAGCAGUCGCAUAGCAAUCACGCUGGACAACACCCUGGUCAUCCUGUCGACGGUGGCACCCGACGCGGGGCGGUACUACGUGCAAGCUGUGAACGACAAGAAUGGGGACAAUAAGACCAGCCAGCCCAUCGCGCUCACCGUGGAAAAUGUUGGCGGCCCGGCAGAUCCCAUCGCCCCCACCAUCAUCAUCCCGCCCCGCAACACCAGCGUGGUGGCCGGCACCUCGGAGGUGACCAUGGAGUGCGUGGCCAAUGCCAGGCCGCUGAUCAAGCUGCACAUCGUGUGGAAGAAGGACGGGGCGGUGGUGUCCAGCAGCAUCAGCGACUACAACCGGCGCCUCACCAUCCUCAACCCCGCGCUGAGCGACAGCGGCUACUACGAGUGCGAGGCCGUGCUGCGCAGCAGCAGCGUGCCCUCCAUCUCCCGCGGCGCCUACCUCUCCGUGCUGGAGCCGCCGCAGUUUGUCAAGGAGCCGGAGAAGCACGUGACGGCCGAGAUGGAGACGGUGGUGGUCAUCCCCUGCCAGGCCAGAGGCGUCCCGCCGCCCGCCAUGGCCUGGUACAAGGACGCGGCCCCCAUCCACCUGGAGAAGCUGUCGCGCUUCCGGCUGCAGCCCGACGGGAGCCUGCAGAUCAGCGGGCUGGUCCCCGAUGACACCGGCAUGUUCCAGUGCUUCGCCCACAACGACGCCGGCGAGGUCCAGACCUCCACGUACCUGGCCGUGACCAGUAUUGCCCCCAACAUCACGCGGGGGCCGCAGGACAGCACGGUGAUCGACGGCAUGUCUGCAGUCCUCACCUGCGAGACCUCGGGGGCGCCGCGCCCCGCCAUCACCUGGCAGAAAGGCGAGCGGAUCCUGGCCAGCGGGUCGGUGCAGCUGCCACGCUUCACGCUGCUGGAGUCGGGCAGCCUGCUCAUCAGCCCCACGCACAUCGCUGACGUGGGCAGCUACACCUGCCUGGCCACCAAUUCCCGCGGCGUGGACGAGGCCUCGGCUGACCUGGUCGUCUGGGCCCGGACACGCAUCACAGCCCCGCCGCAGGACCAGAGCGUCAUCAAGGGCACCAAGGCCUCCCUGAGCUGCGGCGUGACCCACGACCCCAGUGUGACCAUCAGGCACAUCUGGGAGAAGGACGGGGCGCCCGUCAGCGUGGACAGCGUCCCACGGGUCCGGCUGGAUGGAGACGGCACCCUGCACAUCUCCCAGACCUGGUCGGGCGACAUCGGCACCUACACCUGCAAGGUCGUCUCCGUCGGGGGCAACGACUCCCGCAGCGCCCACCUCCGCGUCCGGCAGCUCCCCCAUGCCCCGGAAAGCCCCGUGGCUCUGCUUAGCCCGCUGGAGAAACGGGCCAUCAACCUGACCUGGGCCAAGCCCUUUGACGGGAACAGCCCCCUGCUGCACUACGUGCUGGAGGUCUCCGAGAACAAUGCCCCCUGGACCAUUCUGCUGCCCAGCGUGGACCCCGAAGCCACCUCAGUGGUGGUGCGGGGCCUGGUCCCCGCUCGCUCCUACCAGUUCCGCCUCUGCGCCAUCAACGACGUGGGCAAGGGCCAGUUCAGCAAGGACACGGAGCGGGUGUCUCUGCCGGAAGAGCCGCCCUCGGCGCCCCCCCAGAACGUCAUCGCCAGUGGCCGGACCAACCAGUCCAUCAUGAUCCAGUGGCAGCCGCCCCCCGAGAGCCACCAGAACGGCCUCCUGAAGGGCUACAUCAUCCGGUACUGCCUGGCCGGGCUGCCCGUCGGGUACCAGUUCAAGAACAUCACCAACGCCGACGUCAACAACCUGCUGCUGGAAGACCUCAUCAUCUGGACCAACUACGAGAUCGAGGUGGCGGCGUACAACAGCGCCGGCCUGGGCGUCUACAGCAUGAAGGUGACCGAGUGGACGCUGCAGGGAGUGCCUACCGUGCCCCCCGGGAACGUGCAAGCCGAGGCCACCAACUCCACCACCAUCCGCUUCACCUGGCACCCGCCCAGCCCCCAGUUCAUCAACGGCAUCAACCAGGGGUACAAGCUGAUCGCGUGGGAGCCGGAGCAGGAGGAGGAGGCGACGGUGGUGACGGUGCGGCCCAACUUCCAGGACAGCAUCCACGUGGGCUACGUGGCGGGGCUGAAGAAGUUCGCCGAGUACUUCACCUCGGUGCUGUGCUUCACCACGCCAGGCGACGGCCCGCGCAGCCCGCCUCAGCUGGUGCGCACGCACGAGGAUGUGCCUGGCCCCGUGGGGCACCUCAGCUUCAGCGACAUCCUGGACACGUCCCUGAAAGUCAGCUGGCAGGAGCCCGUGGAGAAGAACGGCAUCCUGACGGGCUACCGCAUCUCCUGGGAGGAGUACAACCGCACCAACACGCGGGUGACGCACUACCUGCCCAACGUCACCCUGGAGUACCGUGUCACCGGCCUCACCGCCCUAACCACCUACACCAUCGAGGUGGCCGCCAUGACGUCCAAGGGGCAAGGGCAGGUGUCCUCCUCCACCAUCUCCUCCGGGGUCCCUCCAGAGCUGCCCGGUGCACCCACCAACCUGGGCAUCUCCAACAUCAGCCCGCGCUCCGUGACCUUGCAGUUCAGGCCCGGCUAUGAUGGGAAGACAUCCAUCUCCCGCUGGCAGGUGGAAGCACAGGUGGGGCAGGUCGGCGAGAGCGAGGAGUGGGUGCUGGUUCACCAGCUGGCCAACGAGCCCGAUUCCCGCUCCAUGGAGGUGCCCGGCCUCAACCCGUACACGUACUACAGUUUCCGCAUGCGGCAGGUGAACAUCGUGGGCACCAGCCCACCCAGCCUGCCCUCCCGUCGCAUCCAGACCUUGCAGGCCCCCCCAGACGUGGCGCCCGCCAACGUCACCCUGCGCACGGCCAGCGAGACCAGCCUGUGGCUGCGCUGGAUGCCCCUCCCCGAGCAGGAGUACAACGGGAGCCCGGAGUCGGUGGGGUACCGGGUGCGGUAUGCACGCUCGGACGGGCAGGGGCGCACGGCGCUGCACGCCAUCCACGACCGGGUGGAGCGGGAGUUCACCAUUGAGGACCUGGAGGAGUGGACUGAGUACCAGGUGCAGGUGCAGGCCUUCAAUGCCAUCGGGGCCGGGCCCUGGAGCCGCAUCGUGGCAGGGCGCACCCGGGAGUCAGUGCCCUCAUCUGGCCCCGCCAACGUGUCCGCGCUGGCCACCACCUCCAGCAGCAUGCUGGUCCGCUGGACCGAGAUCCCCGAGGCCGACCGCAACGGGCUCAUCCUGGGCUACAAGGUCGUGUACAAGGAGAAGGACUCGGACCUGCGUGCCCGGUUCUGGCUGGCGGAAGGGAACGCGUCGCGCAGCGCCCAGCUCGCGGGGCUGGGCAAGUACGUGCUGUACGAGAUCCGCGUGCUGGCUUUCACCCGCAUCGGCGACGGCGUCCCCAGCCACCCGCCCAUCCUGGAGAGGACGCUGGAUGACGUGCCGGGGCCCCCCGUGGGCAUCCUGUUCCCCGAAGUGCGCACCACCUCCGUGCGGCUCAUCUGGCAGCCGCCCGCAGCGCCCAACGGCAUCAUCCUCGCCUACCAGAUCACCCACCGCCUGAACACCACCAAUGCCAACACGGCCGCCGUGGAGGUGCUGAACCCCAGCGCCCGGCAGUAUACAGCCAUGGGGCUGCGCCCCGAGUCCACCUACCUCUUCCGCAUCACGGCCCAGACCCGCAAGGGUUGGGGAGAGGCUGCCGAGGCGCUGGUAGUGACCACCGAGAAGAGAGACCGCCCACAGCCCCCCAGCAAGCCGGCGGUGCCGCAGGAGGAGGUGAAGGCGCGCAGCGUGCUGCUGUCCUGGGAGCCGGGCAGCGACGGGCUGUCGCCGGUGCGGUACUACACGGUGCAGACGCGCGAGCUGCCGGCCGGCGAGUGGAGCUUGCACUCCGCCUCCAUCAGCCACAACACCACCUCCUUCGUGGUGGACAGGUUGAAGCCCUUCACCUCCUACAAGUUCCGGGUCAAGGCAACGAACGACAUCGGCGACAGCGCGUACAGCGAGGCGUCCGAGUCGCUCACCACGCUGCAGGCAGCCCCGGAGGAGGCCCCCGCCAUCCUGUCGGUCACCCCUCACACCACCACCUCCGUCCUCCUCCGCUGGCAGCCCCCGGCCGAAGACAAAAUCAACGGGAUCCUGCUGGGCUUCCGGCUCCGCUACCGGGAGCUGGCGUACGACGGGCUGCGGGGCUUCACCUUGCGCAGCAUCGGCAACCCCGGUGCCCGCUGGACCGAGCUCACCCACCUGAGCAAGCACCGGCGCUACGAGCUGCGCAUGAGCGUGUACAAUGCCGUGGGCGAGGGACCCCCCAGUGCCCCCCAGGAGGUCUUCGUGGGCGAAGCGGUGCCCACGGCGGCACCGCAAAACGUGGCCGUGCAAGCCACCACCGCCACGCAGCUCGACGUCACCUGGGAGCCGCCACCUCCCGAGGCGCAGAACGGCGACAUCCAGGGCUAUAAGAUCUACUUCUGGGAGGCGCAGCGGGCGAACGAGACGGAGCGGGUGAAGACGCUGUUCCUGCCCGAGAGCGGCGUGAAGUUGAAGAACCUCACGGGCUACACGGCGUACCUGGUCAGCGUGGCCGCCUUCAACGCCGCCGGCGACGGGCCCCGCAGCCCCCCAGCCAAGGCCCGCACCCAGCAAGCAGCCCCCAGCGCCCCCAGCGCCAUCAGGUUCAGCGAGCUGACCACCACCUCAGUGAACGUCUCCUGGGAGCCGCCCCUGCUCCCCAACGGCAUCCUGGAGGGCUACCGGCUGGUCUAUGAGCCCUGCAUGCCCGUGGACGCAGGCGUCAGCAAGAUCGUGACGGUGGAUGUGAAGGGGAGCAGCCCGCUGUGGAUGAAGGUGAAGGACCUGGCAGAAGGUGUCACCUACCGGUUCCGGAUCCGGGCAAAAACCUUUGCCUACGGGCCCGAGAUCGAGGCCAACAUCACCACGGGGCCGGGCGAAGGCGCCCCCGGGCCCCCGGGAGAGCCCUUCAUCUCCCGCUACGGCUCAGCCAUCACCAUCCACUGGUCCAGCGGGGACCCCGGCAAGGGACCCAUCACCAGAUACGUCAUAGAGGCCCGGCCCUCAGAUGAGGGGCUGUGGGACAUCCUCAUCAAGGACAUCCCGAAGGAGGUGACCUCCUACACCUUCAGCUUGGACAUCCUGAAGCAGGGCGUCAGCUACGACUUCCGUGUCAUCGCUGUGAACGACUACGGAUACGGCACCCCCAGCGUGCCCUCCCCGGCCGUGUCAGCUCAGAAAGCCAACCCCUUCUACGAGGAGUGGUGGUUCCUGGUGGUCAUUGCCUUGGUCGGGCUCAUCUUCAUCCUCCUGCUGGUCUUCGUCCUCAUCAUCCGGGGGCAGAGCAAGAAGUACGCCAAGAAGUCGGACUCCGGCAGCAACCCCAAGUCGGCCGCCCUGAGCCACGGGGAGAUGGUGAGCCUGGACGAGGGCAGCUUCCCUGCCCUGGAGCUCAACAAUCGGCGUCUCUCGGUCAAGAACUCCUUCUGCAGGAAGAACGGCAUCUACACCAGGUCCCCGCCGCGGCCCAGCCCCGGCAGCCUGCACUACUCCGACGAGGACGUCACCAAGUACAACGACCUUAUCCCGGCCGAGAGCAGCAGCCUGACCGAGAAGCCCUCCGAAAUCUCGGACUCUCAGGGAAGCGACAGCGAGUACGAGGUGGAUCCGAACCCCCAGAAGGCCCACUCCUUCGUCAACCACUACAUCAGCGACCCCACAUACUACAACUCCUGGCGCCGGCAGCAGAAGGGCAUCUCACGGGCCCAGGCGUACAGCUACACCGAGAGCGACUCGGGAGACCCCGACCAUUGCCCCCUGUCCAACAGCAACAGCACGCAGCAGGGCAGCCUCUUCCGGCCCAAAGCCAGUAGGACUCCAACCCCACAGACGCCCGUCAACCCCCCCAGCCAGCAAAGCACCCUGUACCGCCCCCCCAGCAGCCUGGCGCCCGGCUCCAGGGCCCCCAUCGCCGGAUUCUCAUCCUUUGUUUGAUAUUGCAAGAAAAAAGAAAAGCAAAAGAGGAAAAGGACAGGACGGUCGCCCCAAACCAAACCCCACUUCACACCCGUGCUCAGUGCCGGGGCCGGCCGUGGAGCGGAGAAGCAGCCCUCGUCCUGCUCCCGCGGCUUUGCUGCUUCAAAGGGGCGCGCGGGGCUCUUCGAAGACCUUUGCCAAAGCUUACGUGGAGGUUCGCGGGCAAGCACGGAGCGGGGAGCUCCCUGACAGCCACGGGCAAGGGGCAAAGGCAAGGAAUGGGGGAGAGCGGCGUGGCGACGGCAGGCAGCUCCUCGCAGGUGGGAUUGCUCGCCCCUAUGCUGGAGCACCGUGACUUUCCCCCCACCGGUGCUUUCUGGCCAAAGCUUUGUGUGCGUGACGCGGCGGGGUGCAGCUCCAGCCCCGACGGCAACAAACGUGGCCGGCUCCGACCACCGAAAACGUGCCUGGGCAUCCAGCAGCUACUGCCAGCGUCUGGUCCGUGCUGCCACGGAGCCCGCCUGGACGGGAACGAUGCCCAGGGGCUUAUGCUGCCCCGUGGGCUGGGCUGUGGUGCCCCGUGGAGCGGAGCGAAGUCGGCUUUUCCAGGGUGACCUGUGGGCUGCCUCUCCACCACCGCCUCUCAUCUCCCAGGGGGGAAAGGCAAUGACCGUGGACCACAGAGACAUUCCCCAGUGGUUUCUGACGUGGCUGGGGAGCGGGGAGAGCGGAGCUGGGGCCCGGGACAUGAGAACCACAUCGAUUUACUUGAAUUCGGGGGUGAGCCUCCCCUGCCCCAGCAAUUUCCUCCCUGCUGGGAAAGCAGGGCUGUGCCACACGUGGCAGGUGGGGUAUCGCUCAUCAGCACCUUCAUCCCCGCUCCCAGAAGGCGGGAGAGGGGCAAAUCAUGCCCCAGGUGGUGGAGGGGGGGGAUAUCCACGCCAAGUACUAUCGCUGGCUCUGCCACGCCACAGGAUCGUGCCUUGGGGCGGGGGUGACGGACCGACCGUGGCAGCCUUCAUUUUCUAUUCCCUUUGAGUGUGCAGGUUUGGGGGAGUGUGAGGGGCGGGGGGGGAUCCAGACCGGGGUGCGGGCCGGUGCAUCGGGCGGUUGUUUCUCAGCAUAGCAAAACACACGCAGUGCCUACUCGUCAGCCGGGGGCGGCCGUGGAGAAUGGGGCCAGGCCGGCAGGAGGGAGCGAGAGGAGCUGGGGGCUGCGCAGCCUCCCUCCCCGUCCCUUGGUGGGGGGAGUCGGGGCCGUGGCGGUGACACAGCCACGCGCGUCGCCCCCAGCCCUGGCUUGCACAUCCUCUGCAUCGUUCGGUUCAGAGGGAUUGAACCUGGCGCGUGGGGCCUUUCUAAUAAACAAUCCAAAGCGA